ACCUGAAAACAGAAACAAGACCAAAUUCAUUACCAACAAUUACCAAUUUUUGCACCGUGUGUGGAAUGACGAAACACAUGAAAGAGACCUGCUUUCAAGUGAUCGGCUACCCGGAGUGGUGGGAAGACUGCCACAAACUUAAUCGAAACCAGACGGCGAAAGGGAGGUCGGCGAUUGGCAAAGAAGGAGAUGAAGGGGGUGACCGAUUUGUCGCCCCAGCGGGCAACCAUGAGACCGUCGGCGCUGAGGUCGGCGGCUGCAGACCGGCGGACGCUCCGGCAGUGGCUAGCAACUGGUGGGCGACGGGACAAGCGGAGGGGAAGAAGGAGGAAGCUGCGAGGGCUCACUUUGCCCAAUUUGGAGGAUAUCCGGACGGGGACGAUCAUUGGGUGUGGCACUGAGCGACGCGGGCUGUACUACGUGGACGAGAUAGCUCAAACUGGCAGGGCGAUGCUAGCUCACGGAACUUUGGAGCUAGAAAUAUGGUUAUGGCACAGGCGGUUAGGACACCCGUCUUCUAGUUAUUUGAACAUUUUAUUUCCGCAUUUUAUUAAGAAUUCGAAUUUUGAGUGUGAAACUUGUGUUUUGGCCAAGAGCCACAGACAGUUAUUUAAACCCAGUAAUACUAGAGUUGAUUCUAUUU